AUGGCGACAACCAAAAAGGACCGGGAAUACGAAAUUGUGCUUGUCGGUGCAACAGGUUAUACUGGCAAGCUGACUGCCCACCACAUUGCGCGAAACCUGCCUACGAAUCUGAAAUGGGCUAUUGCUGGACGAUCGAACAUCAAACUCGAUGCUCUUGCCGCUGAGUUGAAGCAUAUCUCGCGCGAUAGAUUGCAGCCAGGAAUUGAAAUUGUGGAUGUUGAGGAUAAAGCGCAACUUACCGCUCUUGUCGCCCGGGCAAAAGUAUGCAUCAGCGUGGUUUCGUACAACGAGGUAGGUGCGAAUAUUAUUGAGGGGUGUAUUGAUAGCCGCACGGAUUAUGUUGAUACUGCUGGCUCCGUCACACAUCUACGACAAUGGAUUGACAAAUACCACCAUGCAGCCGAGAAGGUGGGUGUUGCUAUCAUUACAUCCUGCGGCAAUUUCAGCGCCUUCCAGGAUCUUCUCACAUGGCUCUCCGCCAACGAACUUGCGAAAACCUCAUCUCUCAAGAUCAAAGAGGUCGUUCUUUCCGUAUUGAGCAUGCCAGCAGACCCCAGCGGUGGAACUGUAAAGUCAAUGUUGACUAGAACGAAUCUCGAUGAAAAGACCAUCCAAGAAUCGCAGACCCCAUGGUAUUUGUCGCCCGUCAAUGGCCAGCAGUAUGUGGAUGACGAAGCCAAUGUUUUUGGCAUACGACAUGAUGCAGUACUCGGCACACUGUCACCCAGCUCAUUUAGCGAUUUACAGAAUCGAGCUGUUGUACACAGGACGUGGGGACUGCUUGAUGGAGGGAAUCGUUACGGCCUGAACUUUCGAUACAGUGAAUACAGCAAAGUCUCCUCGACCAUAGCUGGGAUUGUGGAUAUACUCAAAGCUAAGGGAAUAAGACUCAUGUUCACACUUGCGCCAUUGAGGGCUAUCUUGAGGAUCAUUUUGCCGAAGCCAGGCGAUGGUCCGGAUGUGGAGAAAGAGAAGAACGCUGUGGUUGAUAUGGAAGCUGUUGCGUCGGCAGAUUCGGAAGAUAGCUCGACAAGCCCAAAAGUUUAUGCGAGAUUCAAAUUUUCAGGAGGACCGUAUACAGCCACAGCUGCUUGGCUUGCACAAGGAGCUGCCUCAUUGCUUUAUACGAGGAAGUUGGAGGAUGGUGUUGUGGGUGGAUGUUUGACGCCGGCUUUUUUGGGAGCGGAUCUAGUGGAGAGGAUUCAAGCAGUUGGCGCGGAGUUGGAAAUCAAGCUUGGCGGUAUUGUCGGCUCGUUGUCCGCGGGUGUCCUCGGAGAGAUCUUUUCUCGAAAGUAUACUAUGUUCAUCGCAUGUUGUUGGGUGAUCCUGGGAAGCUCUCUGUAUUGCGGUGCGCAUGCAGGCGACCCGGGUCUUCUCUAUGCUGGAGGAUUCUUUACAGGCCUUGGGGUGGGACUUUUCAGUGGUGUCGGACCAUUGUACAACGCAGAAUUGGCAUCCCCCGAACUACGUGGUUUACUGAUUCCAUUCUACCAAUUCGCAACCAUCCUCGGCAUGAUGUCCGCCUUCUGGAUUGGGUACGGAAGCAACAAUAUCGGUGGAACAGGCGAUACACAAUCAAACCUCGCAUGGCAGCUACCUUCCAUCAUUCAAGGUAUCCCGGCUUGCCUUCUUGCAAUUGAAAUUUGGUGGAUGCCCUUUUCUCCUCGCUGGCUCGUCAAGAAGGGCAGGGUCGAAGAAGCCCGAAAGACACUCGCGUGGCUUCGAAAACUUCCCGUUGAUGAUGCUUUGGUGCAAGUUGAGUUUCUCGAAAUUCAGGCAGAGGCUCUCUUUGAACCGGAAUUGGCGCAGUAUGUCAACUGUGUUCGGACAAAGGACAAUUUCAAACGUGUUGCCACCGCUUGGUCGGUCAUGUUCUUUCAGCAGUGGAGUGGAAUUGACUCUAUUAUCUACUAUGCUUCCGAAGUCUUCGUCAGUCUAGGUCUCAACACUGGUACCAUCGCAUUACUUGCGACAGGUGUCACUGGGGUCGUGUUCUUCGUCUGCACAUUUCCUGCAAUGCUUGUCAUUGAUAAAAUUGGUCGAAAGCCUAUGCUUCUGGCGGGAUCUGGCUUGAUGUUUGCGGCCAUGGUUAUCGUCGGAGUGAUCGUGGCUAAGUUUCGUCACGACUGGGAGCAUCACGCAGUAGCUGGCUGGGCAGCGGUUGGUAUCUUUAUUUGGGUCUAUAACGGCACCUUCGGCGCUACAUGGGGCCCAGUCUCAUGGACACUCGUCUCCGAAAUCUUUCCCCUCUCCAUCCGCGCCAAAGGAGCCUCAAUCGGCGCAUUCAGUAAUUGGAUUAACAACUUUGCCAUCGCUUUGUUUGUUCCCCCUAUGUUUGAUACCUGGGCUUGGGAGACCAAAAAUGCGACUUUGGAGGAGAUGGAUCGAGUCUUUAAGAGCCAUACUGGUAAGGAGGAUGCAAGAAUGUUGGCUGAGGCGCAGCGCGAUGUGGGCUUGAUUAGAUUCCUAUUGGACAGAAACUCGGAUGAGAAGAAGCUGGCGACGGAGGUUGUGUCGGAGCAUCUCGAAGGGAGAUCGUGA